AUAUGGAUGCUGACUGGUGACAAGCUUGAGACGGCCACCUGCAUCGCCAAAAGUUCACACCUGGUGUCCAGGACGCAGGACAUUCACGUGUUCAGACCAGUGACCAGCCGGGGGGAGGCCCACCUGGAGCUGAACGCGUUCCGGAGGAAGCACGACUGUGCCCUGGUCAUAUCCGGGGACUCCUUAGAGGUCUGUCUCAAGUACUACGAGCAUGAGCUGGUGGAGCUGGCCUGCCAGUGCCCGGCCGUGGUGUGCUGCCGCUGCUCGCCCACACAGAAGGCCCGCAUCGUGACGCUGCUGCAGCAGCACACGGGGAAGCGCACGUGUGCCAUCGGGGAUGGCGGGAACGACGUGAGCAUGAUUCAGGCCGCAGACUGUGGGGUGGGCAUCGAAGGAAAGGAGGGGAGACAGGCCUCCCUGGCGGCCGACUUCUCCAUCACGCAGUUCCGGCACGUCGGCAGGCUGCUCGUGGUGCACGGGCGCAACAGCUACAAGCGGUCUGCGGCGCUCGGCCAGUUCGUCAUGCACAGGGGCCUGGUCAUCUCCACCAUGCAGGCUGUGUUUUCCUCGGUCUUCUACUUCGCCUCCGUCCCCCUGUACCAGGGCUUCCUCAUGGUGGGGUACGCGACGCUGUACACCAUGUUCCCGGUGUUCUCCUUGGUGCUGGACCAGGACGUGCGGCCGGAAGUGGCGAUGCUCUACCCGGAGCUGUACAAGGACCUCACCAAGGGCAGAUCCUUGUCCUUUAAGACCUUCCUCAUCUGGGUCCUGAUCAGCAUUUACCAAGGUGGCGUGCUUAUGUUCGGAGCGCUGGUGCUGUUCGAGUCGGAGUUUGUGCACGUCGUGGCCAUCUCGUUCACGGCCCUCAUCCUCACUGAGCUGCUGAUGGUGGCCCUGACGGUCCGCACAUGGCACUGGCUGAUGGUCGUGGCGGAGCUCCUCAGCCUGGGCUGCUACGUGGCCUCGCUGGCUUUUCUCAAUGGGUACUUUGACGUGGCCUUCAUCACCACCGGGACGUUCCUGUGGAAGGUGUCGGCCAUCACGGUGCUCAGCUGCCUCCCGCUCUACGUGCUGAAGCGCCUGAAGCGCAAGCUGUCCCCGCCCAGCUACUCCAAGCUGGCCUCCUGAGGGCCCAGCCUCCGGGGCAGGGCUCCACACAGAAGGGAGGGGGGGGGGGCUGCAGCGUGCUGAGGGCAGGGGGCAGGGCCAGGGAGGCCUCACAGUGGGGUCAGCAACACAGCCUGAGCCCCGCUCCCUGCUUUCUUCUGUCUCCCAAGAUGUCACCUCCUCCUGGAAGCCUCUGGGUCCUCGGGAGCAAGCCCCAGUAUUUCACGAUUGCUGUAAAGGACCCCCUUGCUCUGGGGUCCUGAUAGUGGAGACGGAAGUUUACUCUGUGCCACCGCUGACCCUCCCUGCCCCCUGAUGUCACAGCGUGAAAGCCGUGCCUGUCACAAUAAAACAACCUGUCGGUGUGGUGCCCGA